CUAGAGUCUAGCCAAAAACUGAGUUAUUCUACAAUUGACAGUCAGCCUGGAAUCGAAUGUCGAGACAAACAUUUUAAAACUUUUCCUCAAAAAGCUAAAUGAUCUGCUCUAAAUGUGCUCUAAAUGCGCUUAAGCAAUCUGCUUUGGAUUGUUGCACUGUUUAUCGUCUUACGUGCAGGCCAUACUCGCCAGCAGCCCAGAAUGAUUGGAAAGCGCGACGAACCGCAUCAGAGCCAGGAUUACGAAUAUGUUGACGCCAAUUUUGAUGAUCAAUUAAAGCGCUUGGGCCAGUACAGCCUAAAGAGCUGUGAUGCGCCGGAAGACGAGGCGGUUCAGGGCUGCACCCCGUGCGAAACAUGGCCACAGCCCAAUAUGCCAAGCAGCUGUGAUUCCUUUGAGCCGCCAUGUACAACAACGUGUCAGCCGAAUUAUCCGCCCACACCGCAUCCCAAUUCCAAUUGUGAUAAUUUGCAGCAACCAAACCAGAAUUCUGGCAUGCCACAGCAGCAGUCACAGCAACAGCAGCAGCAACAACAACAACAAUAUCCACAGCAGCAACAACAAUAUCCUCAGCAGCAGCAACAAUAUCCCCAGCAGCAGCAGCAAUACCCACAGCAGCAGGAUCCGUACGCGCCGGCUGAGGCUGAUGACUCCGAGCAGCGGAGCAAGGAGCUGCGCAAGUUGGUGCAGCAUUUGUAUGUGGCACAGGCGCGCGUUCAGCUAGAAGCGUCUGAGAUUCACAAGGCCCAGGCCGUGGCCAGCUCGGCGCAAUCGCAACUCGAAGAUUCGGCGAAUCAUGUGCGCACCAUUACCGCAACCCUGCACAAUGCGCAGCAGGAGGUGGCCGCCGCCGCCAUACGUGCCCAGAUCGCCCAGCUGCAGCUGGCGGCGCACGAUCAGUUGCUCUUCGCUGCCCGCCAGGAUGUCGAUUCGCUUUCCUCGCAAGUGGUCGGCCUGCAGGCGGCCGAGGGUAUUGUGCAGCCCAAGUUGACUGUCGAUCUGCAUGCGCUUCUUGACAAGCUGCGACAGCCGCUGCAGCACUUCGACCGGCCCACGCCGGUGCCCAUGAUAAUCACAUUGCCGCCGCUGAACGGAGCGCCGCCUGAAACGGCGCCCGAAACAGAUACCUCUAGCAUUGGCAUUGUUGGUGGUAUUGGUCGUAGUAUUGGUAGUGGUAUUGGUAGUGCUGUUGGUAUUGGUGUUGCUAUUGGUAGUGGUAGUGACGGUACAGACGUCCGCACCAAAAGCAAGGAUCUCGUGAAACAGAAGGAACCUGCGCAGUUCGCACAAAGCAUGGACUACACAUAGUUAAUGCACCCACUCGUUAAUCAUAUUCAUCAUAUAUAUAUAUAUAUUUUAUACGAUUUUGUCAGUUCAAUAUUGUCAAUGAGAUAUAUUUCCUUCUAACUACGAA